GAUGCUCUGUCUUUGAGGAUAUCUGGCCCAAUAUCCCGUCUUUGAGACUGAAUGCAGACAACACUAUUGCUCUUCUGUUGGCUGCUCAGUUCUUGAGAAACUUCCCAGGGCGGGGGGAGGAGAGGAGAGAUUCCCUGCGGUGUGCUAUCACCAAAUAUAGAUGUGUAAUUCAUUCACAGGAUUGUCUCUCAGCAAGCCAGAGAGUGUUUUGAAGUAGAGUGUUGGAGAUGCAGCUACAUAGGUCUGAAAAGAAGCAUAGUCUGAACACUGUGCAGGAAAAUGACAAGGACCCAGAUGUAGACACAAGGAAAAUGCUUAUCCUAUCAUGUCUGGUAUCUGGAGGCCUUGCCUUGCUUCUCUGGGCAAUACUAAGAAUUCCCAGAAAAUCCCCCAGUUUAAAGAUAGGUGGUGGAGCACCGUGCUCUGAGGAUGAAACUGAAUGUCCACAUGGCUGGAACCAUAUCGAUAGCAGUUGUUUCUUUAAAUCUAGUGAUCAACAAUUUUGGAGAGAUGGCCAGGAAAUCUGUGAAAUCCUUGGUGGUAACCUGGCCAUGUUCAACACCAGGAAAGAAGUGAUAUCUUUGAUGCAACUUCUGGGGUCUUCUUCAUAUUGGAUUGGACUGAAAAAAUACAAAGAAGCCACAUUCUGGACUUGGGCAAAUGGAGAAAGAUUCAACAAUUGGUUCACUAUAAAAGGAAGAAGAGAGUGUGUCUUUUUAUCUACAGAGGGUGCAUUCACUACUAUUUGUAAUGAGACAAAAAAAUAUAUAUGCAGCCAAAAGAGCUUUUGUCCUUAGAUAGAGUUCUCCUUUUCAGGAAAUAAAGUAAUUUAAGAAAAA